CACGUCCUCCUUCCUCUGCUUCUUCUCGACGUGAGGCCGACUUGAAGGGAACGUUCUCGAGAAGGAAUAGAAAUAGGAGCGGGGAGUACAAACUGCAAGUACCCCAUACAGCUGCCUCAGGAGCAGUGAAGUGUCUUCAUGGCAGUUCGUCGAGGACACAAUAAGUACUUUAAAGCUGACUUGCAGGACGUGUAUGAGAUGUCGAACGGUUAUGAAGAUCACAUGGGAGGGGAUGAGGCGAAGGAUGCAAAGACUAACCUGAUAGUGAACUACCUGCCUCAGAGUAUGACUCAAGAUGAGCUGCGAAGCCUCUUCAACAGCAUUGGAGAGGUCGAGUCGGCCAAGCUGGUGCGAGACAAAAUGGCAGGCCACAGUUUAGGGUACGGAUUUGUUAACUAUCUUAACCCUAGUGAUGCAGAAAGAGCUAUCAGUACUCUGAAUGGACUAAGGCUACAGUCCAAAACUAUCAAGGUUUCAUAUGCACGGCCCAGCUCUGACACAAUAAAGGAUGCAAACUUGUAUAUCAGCGGUCUGCCCAAGGCCAUGUCUCAGAAGGAUGUGGAAGAAAUGUUUUCCCGCUUCGGGCGUAUCAUAAAUUCCAGAGUACUUGUUGACCAGGCUUCAGGUACGACAGGUGUGUCCCGCGGCGUGGCUUUUAUCCGGUUUGAUAAGCGAGCCGAGGCUGAAGAAGCCGUGAAGAGCCUGAACGGCCAGAAACCGCCCGGCGCCACCGAGCCGAUCACGGUGAAGUUUGCGGCCAACCCGAACCAGGUGAAGAACACACAGCUCAUCUCUCAGCUCUACCACAAUCAGUCGCGGCGCUUCGGGGGGCCCCUCCACCACCAGGCACAGCGGUUUAGGUUUUCUCCGAUGGGCGUUGACCAUAUGGGAGGCAUGGGAGGCGUGAAUGUUCCCGGGAACUCCUCCUCCGGCUGGUGCAUCUUCAUCUACAACCUGGGCCAGGACGCGGACGAGAGCAUCCUGUGGCAGAUGUUCGGUCCUUUCGGCGCAGUCACAAAUGUCAAGGUGAUCCGUGACUUCAACACCAACAAGUGCAAGGGCUUCGGCUUCGUUACCAUGACAAACUACGAGGAGGCGGCCAUGGCCAUCACCAGCCUGAACGGGUACCGGCUCGGAGAUAAGAUACUGCAAGUGUCCUUUAAGACUAGCAAGGGCCACAAGUAGAGUGAUUUGGACAAUGGGUGUAGAGGAGUGCAGUAAACGUGCUGUCAGGCUUUUUUUUCCCUCUAUCUAUCUUCUUAGAAAGGUGAAUUUAAAUGCCAAAGCCUGGCACAUUUUUGGUUUAAUCAUAUUCAGAGUAAACUGAGAAUUUCGGUCUUCUGCACCUUUGUACUUGUCUAAAAACAGUGUCUAUUUUUUUUUUCUUGUCUUUGUUGUUUUUCCAGUAUCAUUCUACUCUUUUCGGAGAGUAUUAUUAUUAUUAUUGUCACUCACUUUCAGUUUAUUUUGAGUGCGUAAAGACGUAAUCCCACAAACGGACUUUUGAAAUUGUUCUCCGACGCUAAAAUACUGUUAUGUUAUAUAUGUUGCAUGAUUCUCGUUUAGGAAAGCAUGAGGACGACAGAGGGCUCAUUACUGGGCAAAGAUGAUUUAAACAGGAAACCUGAGUUGUUCAAAGCAAAUACAAUUCAGUAGUUAAUAUAGAGCAAAAAAAACAAUCUGAUCUGUUCACAUAGAAACGGAUGCCUUAAAUUGUUAUAAAUCGAAAACCGAUCUGUUUGGCGUAAAAGAGCAAAGCACUUUUAACCAGUUAUUGUUUGAAGUUGCUCUGGUUAUCAACCUUUUUGAUGCUAACGUAAAACAUUAGUUCAUCCUCUGACCAACAUUUUAACUAUGAGGAGCUUAGAAGCAAAAGCCUUUUUGCUUUGGUACCGCUAAAAGUGUAUUUUAUUCUUUGUUGCAUUACAUGAGUCUUGUUUAAAAAAAAAAAAAAAAAAAAUUAAAAAUACAAUAAAUAAGACUAAAAAUGGACCAAAGCCAGGGAGAGAUCUAACAAAUCAAGAUUUUUCUAAUGUGAUUUAGUAAAUUAAUAUUUUGGAUUAAUUUUUUUCCAAGCGGUACUGACAUCAACCCCCUGUUCAGUUCUCCUGGUUUCUUUUUGUUUGUUUUCUCUUCAGUUAUUUUCUUUUGUUUUAGUUAUUUUUCUUUGUAGAGAGCUACAUUUUUGUUUCAGUAUAACUUGCAGACGUUUGCAAAGGAGAGCUCAUCUUAAACUUGUAGGAAAAAUUAAUGGCCUUUGUUAACGAUUUGAAUUUAGGUUUGCUUUUGUUUGUUUCUUUGAUUUUUGAUUGUUUCAUUAUAAAUAUUAAACCAUUAAAUUUUCUUUUGUUUCGCUGAACAUUUUGUUUGGUUUGUUUCUUUUAUUUAUUUGAAAAUUUAUUUUGGGUUUUGUUUUUUUUGUUGUUGUUGUUUUCUUUUUCUAUUUUUUUUUUCGAAGCAGAGAUUCUUCAGUGGGAAUUAUCAGUAACGUUCCAACGUUGCUGAUAAUUUUGAACAACAUAACAAGAUCGCAUUCAAAUAUUCAAAAUUGAGUGGACCAAAACUAAUUCAGAUAAUUUUGGGGUUCAGACUACAUAGACAACCCAUUUCAAGAGGAAAGGGAGUUUCCAGUACAUAAGAAAUAAUAAUAAUAAUUAAAAAAUUAAACCUCUGUCAGGCAGGAUUAGAAAGUCCAGUCAAUAUAUUAGAUGUAAGAAUCAUCUCCAAGAAUCUGGUUGCUUUUUUUUUUUUUAAAGUGAUGCAUAUUGAAUAUUUUCUAGGCUGAUUCAUUGUAGUUGGGUAAAGUGACAAGUUUUAUUUCAUGAAAAUAUUUUAAUGAUCUCAUAUGUGAAACAGCUACUUUGAGCAGAUUUUGCUUUUAUCGAGUGAGGUUUGAAUUGUUUAAAUGUUUCUGCUUGCGUCAAAUAGUUUAGGAACACUCUUGGCUUUUAAAGUUCAGCAUGAAUUUUUUUAAAUUCAAGUUUAACAGAAACUGGCCCAAGAGGCGUUUGGUUUAUAUUUAAAGCCACAUUUUAAAUCCGACACUUGUGUGAAUUCAAAUGGUAAGUUUCCACCCUAUUUUAAGUAAUUUGAUUUAUAAAAUUCAUAUAUAGUCUUAAAAAUAAGACAUUUUGCUUCCUAAUAUUCAUAUUUAUGUCACCGUCCUUACCUCUGUGCAAUAUUUUAAAGCAGGUGAUAGUCUUGGACUUUUUUUACAGGUUCUGUUUUUUUACUGACAUGUUAGUGCGUUUGUUCUUUUCUUUCUGCAGUCUUGUUUGAUAUGUAUGAAAUGUUUGUUUCAGACGCGGUCAAAACAUUCUGCAGUCUGCCUUAAUUUAUAUGAUAAAAUAGUGUAAAAUACAGGAAGUGGCAUUUAUUUAUUUGAGUGUACGCCGUUAUACUUGAUACACAUUCUAGUGUUUUUAAUAGGUUAUUGACUUGUUCUUUUUGUUAUGAACAUGUUUAACACUAUGUUCGAGUUCAUUAAUGUCUGCUAACCUUGAUUAACUUCAUUAAAAUGUGGAGAAAUUACAGAAUUACUAAAAUUAAAUGUCUUCAGAAGCCUACUGUGAA